AUGGGUAAAAAAACAAAAAUCGGAAAGCAUCGGAAGGAUAAAUAUUAUCACUUAGCUAAAGAAACAGGUUUUAGAUCUCGUGCAGCUUUCAAAUUAUUACAGUUGAAUAGAAAAUUUGAAUUCUUACAAAAGUCUCGAGUAUGUAUCGAUCUUUGCGCUGCUCCGGGAGGAUGGAUGCAAGUUGCCAGACAAAAUAUGCCAGUCUCAUCAAUUGUUAUCGGUGUGGAUUUAUUUCCGAUAAAGCCAAUUCCUGGAUGCAUCAGCCUGGUUGAAGAUAUUACUACAGAUAAAUGUAGAGUGGCUAUUUCAAAAGAAAUAAAAACAUGGAAAGCCGAUAUUGUAUUAAAUGAUGGAGCCCCAAAUGUUGGAAAAAAUUGGCUUCAUGAUGCUUAUCAACAAGUUACUUUAACUUUGUCUGCUUUAAAACUAGCUUCUCACUUUCUAAAACCUGGAGGAUGGUUUAUCACAAAAAUAUUUAGAUCAAAAGAUUAUAAUGCCCUUUAUUGGAUUUUAUCACAGCUGUUCAAAAAGGUCCAUGCGACAAAACCUCAAGCUUCUAGAUUGGAAUCAGCCGAAAUAUUUGUUGUUUGUCAACAUUAUAUUGCACCCGAUAAAUUAGACCCGAAAUUUUUCGAUCCGGCUUAUGUUUUUUCGGACUUGGAUAUCACUAAUAAUAAAUUGUUUAUCCUGCAUCCAGAAAAACGUAAAAAAGCCAAAGCUCUAGGAUAUCCAGAAGAUGAUCAUACUCUACAUCGUCAAUUACCGGCGUCCGAGUACAUUGCUCACGAAACUGGUAUUGAAAUUUUAGAAAAUAUCGCCGAAAUUGUGAUAGAUGAUCCUCGAAUAGCUGAACAUCCUAAAACAACCAAGGAAAUACUAGAGUGCUGUAAGGAUAUUAAAGUUUUAAAUCGUAAAGAUAUAAAAUUAUUACUAUCAUGGUGGAAAGAAUUACGCAAACAAUUUCACGAUACAAGUGAAAAGGCUGAUGAGAAUACUGAAGACAAUAAAAAAGAAGAUAAAGAUAAGAAAGACGAAGAUGAAAGUGAUGAAGAUAAAGAGCAAAUGAAAAUUGAUGCCGAAAUAGCAGAAUUAAAAGCUGAAGAAAUGCGUAACUUAAAAAAAAAGAAGAAAAAGACCCAAAAAGAACGACAAAAAUUAAAUGAAAAAUUAAAUUUAAAAAUGAUUCACAAAGGUGAUGAAGGACCGAUAUUGGAAUGUGAAGAUAUGUUUACCCUUAAAAAUAUAACAACACAUCAGUUAUUAAAUCAAAUCACUGAUCAAACACCAGAUAUAACUGCCACGAGUGAUAUUGAUUCAGAAGAAGAAACUUUUUUGCCUAAAAAAACUAAGUAUGAUAAAGAUACGAAUCAGUUGGACAGCAAAAGUUUGAGUUAUGUAAAUGAGAUAAGUAUGUCAGAAUCAGAAAAUUCAGAUGAUGAUGAUUAUAAUGUAAAUGAAAGUGGUUUAAAUUUGAGUGAUAGUGAAGAUGACACAUCAUUGAUCGAAGAUGAGAAUGAUAUUAAUGAAGGUAGUGAGCUGAAUAAUCCAUUGAUUACGGAUUUAGAAGACAAUAAGGACAAAAGCUCAAAAAAAAUUAACAAAGCAAAAAUUUGGUUUGAAAAAGAAGCUUUCAAAAAUUUAGAAAAUGAUAGUGACGAGGAAUUUGAAUUAGAUAAUAUGAUGGAAGUUUAUUCGAAGGAAGAAAACUCCAAAGUUAAUAAAAAGAAAACAAAAAACCAAUCUAAAAAAGUACAAAAAUCAGUUGAUUCCGAUUCUGAUUACGAUGUUGAAGAAGACUUUAUUCCUAAGUCGAAAAAAAUGACUCAAAAUAAUGAGUCAAAAAUAACUGAAAAAAAUGCUAAAGUAACCAAGAAAAGAAAAUUAAAUGAAAAAGAAUUAGCCCUUGCUACAUUGUUUAUUAACAGUAAAAAAUCUCGUAAAGAUUUAACUGACGCAGGUUGGAAUAGAUAUUCAUUUGGUAAUGAGAAACAUUUGCCCGAUUGGUUUGUCAAAGAUGAAGAAAAAAAUAUGAAAAAAGAAGAACCUGUUCCUAAGGAGCUUGUAGACGAAUACAAGAAACAAUUAGUUGAUAUUAACGCACGGCCAAUAAAGAAAGUUAUGCAGGCCAAAGCAAGAAAGAAGAAACGAGCUUUACGAAAACUGGAAAAAGCAAAGAAAAAGACUGAGGCGUUAAUAGACAACGAAGAUAUUACUGAUCGCGAGAAAUCUCAUCAAAUCAAAGCAUUAUAUAAAAAAGCGUUGAAACAACCAAAGAAAGAAGUAACAUACGUAAUAUCCAAAAAGCAUACUGCUCAAAAAAGAGUUCCUCGACCAUCAGGUGUCAAAGGACACUACAAACUUGUUGAUUCGCGAAUGAAGAAAGAUUUGCGAGCUCAAAAAGCUAAAGAAAAGACUAAAGGUCGUGGGAAAAAAACUCGUAAAGGUACGUCCCGUGGUAAAUCUAAAGCGAAAUUUUCAAAAAAAGAAAAAUCUAAAUAA